UGUUAGAAUUAGGACAACAAUAACGGAAAUAGUAUCUGCUGGCAACAAUUUGUUAGAAAAAAGAUCAUACUAAACGAUCCGCAUUUAUUUAUUUUAAAGAAAUGUUCAAACGAAAAUUAACCGCGUUUGGUUGUAGCAUUGAAUAGUAGACCUGUUUUAUUCGAUCUAGAAUCUAGAUCUAUUCUUUUUAACCAUUAAAGAAGAAUAGGCCUACAUAAAGUGUUGAGGUUUCCAGUAUUGGAAAAUAUGUCCCUCAAGUAUUUUUUGGAGUGGAUGAAUAGAAAAUGGAUGAAGCCAAUUAUGAUUCUGACAAAAAACCCAUGGAGCUAUGGGAGUUAGAAAAGUUUUUAGACAAAGCAAUUGAAGACAAAAAUAGAAUCAUAAAUUUGAGCCACAGGUGUCUGACAAUAAUAACAGGGAGAUUAAAAAGUGCCACACUUGCUCAGAUAUUAUUGCUCAACCACAACAAGCUGUUAAUGCCACCUAUAGAGCUGUGUUCCUUACCAAAUUUAACAGAACUCAUCCUUGACAAUAACAUGCUCACUAUGUUACCUACAGGUAUUGGGAACCUAUCAAAGCUCAGGGUUUUGUCUGCUUCACAUAAUCCACUGAGUGCUUUACCUGAUGAUUUGGCCAAUCUUUCCUCCCUUCAGAGCCUGUGGCUGGUUAACUGCCAGAUCAUCACUUUGCCGCCAUCCUUAGGAAAGCUAAAACAACUUAGAAAGUUGGGACUUAGAAAAAACCAAGUCUCAGCUAUUCCAAAAGAACUCUGUGACCUUCAGCAUUUACAGUGGCUGAACUUAGAGGACAAUCUCCUUAAAGAAAUGCCUUCAGAUAUUAGUGGUUGGAAAAAAUUAGUUUACAUUAAUCUUAACAGCAAUUGUUUUGAAGAAGUUCCUAUUGUAUUCCAAGAUGUGACAACUCUUGUAUCUUUGCUUCUAAGAGGAAACAGUAUCAAAAUUUUACCAGACGACACCAUUGUAGCAUUAUCUUUUCUUACAUACUUAGAUAUUCGUGAAAAUGACAUUUCUUCAAGACCAGCACAUUGGAAGGGCUUAAAUUUCAUUCUAAUUGGAGUUGAGGAAGAUGCUAGUUUCAAUAAGCAGCCAUGACUUGGAUCACAAGUGUGUGAAGGUGAAUGGUUUACCCAGGUUGUAUAAAGGUAAAAAUGUUUGAACAGUCUACCUGAAGUUCAUGAGAGUCAGAUCAUCUGAGGUUUCAAAUGUUAUGCAAGACCAGUCAAUCAUUAAAUCAAUUCAUUUUAAA